AAAGCAUCAGUUUCAUCUCAUUCCCUUGUCGUUCACAUCUGAAUAUACACAGACCACGAUGAAUUCGCUGGUGGUGUUCUUAUCUGUGGUGGCGCUCGUCGCUGGCAAGCCUUCGGGGCUCAUCGGUGCACCCAUCGCCUACUCAGCACCCGCUGUGUACGCCGCACCUGCCCUCAUUGGAGCAUCUGCAGUGUCAAGCCAAUCCCGCCUGGACAUCAAGUCAUCCCCUGCAGUGGUAACCACAUCGGUUGAGCAACCAAUUGUGCGCGCUGUGGUCUCCGAGCCUGCCAUUGUUGCUGCGCCCGCCAUCGCUACCGCCGCCAUCGCCCCUGCCGCCGUGUCCAGCCAGUCCCGCCUCGACAUCAAGUCUACGCCCGCCAUCACCAGCACCGUAGUGUCCGCGCCCGUGGCCUACAGCGCUCCCUUGGCCUACAGCGCACCCCUGGCCUACGGUGCUUCCUUCGCCUACAGCUCACCCGCGCUCUUGAAGACGGCGUACGCUCCCGCUCUGACCACCUUCUCUGCCCCUGCUGCCAUCGCUGCUCCCGCCGUGCCUUUGGACACCCCUGAAGUGAUUGCCGCUCGUGCCGCCCACUUCGAAGCUAAGGCCCUGGCUGGCGCCCAUCUGAUCAAGAAGCGCUCUGCUCCCCUGCUCGCGGCUCCCCUUCUGUCCACCCCGAUUGCUUCCCCUGUGAUCUCCACUUACUCCGCCGCCCCGCUGCUGUCCACCGUGCACGCUGCUCCCCUGGCGUACUCCGCGCCCCUCACCUACUCCGCCCCCUUGAUCACCAAGGCUUACAGCGUGCACCCCUGGUAAGUGUCACCACGAUAACGGGGAAAUUAUUCCUCGGUUCAGAUGUGAUUAACGAAAAUGGCUUGUAAAUAAAAACAUAUAAAAAAAUC